CAGCGGGGCGGCGGGAUGGCGGCGCUCUACGCCUGCACCAAGUGCCACCAGCGCUUCCCCUUCGAGGCGCUCAGCCAGGGCCAGCAGCUCUGCAAGGAGUGCCGGAUUGCGCAUCCCAUUGUUAAAUGCACUUACUGCAGGACUGAAUUCCAGCAGGAAAGCAAAACCAACACAAUAUGCAAGAAGUGUGCUCAGAACGUGAAGCUCUAUGGAACACCAAAACCCUGCCAGUACUGCAACAUUAUAGCAGCAUUUAUUGGAAACAAGUGCCAGCGUUGCACGAACUCCGAAAAGAAAUACGGACCUCCGCACUCUUGCGAGCAGUGCAAGCAGCAGUGUGCAUUUGACCGGAAGGAUGACAGAAAGAAGGUGGAUGGCAAGCUGCUAUGCUGGUUGUGCACGCUGUCCUACAAACGGGUCCUACAGAAGACCAAAGAGCAGUGCAAACACCUGAGCAGCUCUUCCCGGGCGAGCCUGCAAGAGAAGGAACAGUACAGUAGGCUCAGCAGUGGCAGCCACUAUAACAGCCAGAAAACCUUAUCCACCUCUUCUAUUCAGAACGAAAUCCCAAAGAAGAAAGCCAAGUUUGAUGCUAUAUCUGCCAAUGGUGACAGCGUUCCUUCCUCUCCCGAGAUGCUUUGUCCCCCUAUCCAGAGUGCCCCGUCCACGUUGGCGCAGUGGGCUGCUUCCCAACAGAGUCUCGGUGCCCACCAUUGUCCUGUUUCUCAAGGCACUGACAUCCUGAAUUUUUCUCCGGACCUCGCCCUGGACUCUCCUGGCACUGACCACUUUGUUAUCAUUGCCCAGCUGAAGGAGGAAGUGGCUACUUUAAAAAAGAUGCUGCACCAGAAAGAUCAGAUGAUUUUGGAGAAGGAGAAGAAGAUCACAGAGCUGAAGGCCGACCUGCAGUACCAGGAAUCGCAGAUGAGGGCAAAGAUGAACCAAAUGGAGAAGACACACAAGGAGGUCAUGGAGCAGUUACAGGCCAAGAACAGAGAACUCCUGAAGCAAGCAGCUGCCCUGUCGAAGGGCAAAAAGCCUGAGAAGUCGGGAGCAAUAACCUCCCCUUAAAACCAAACCCCCCAGUCUGGGAGCUUUCCCCAGCAUUAGCCAAGGAGUCUAGGAGACCCGCCUGAUCGCUGGAAGCCAAAACCUCAGUGUUGUCACUAUCCCACUGCCGUGGACUCGAUGGAAACGCCUGGUGUGUGUUGCCUUGCGACAGCAUGCUUCAGCGUGGCUGGUUUCGAUCUCUGUUGAGUACCGGUCUGUUGAUCCGCGGGGAGAGGUCCCAGCCAUCCUAAAUAUUCCCCCCCCCCACACACACCCCUUGAAGUACUGCAUUCUGGACGAAGUUUUUUUUCCUAACCAGUUACUACCACUGCCAACCCUUUCCAUUAGCAAACAGGAACCUGCUGCAUUAGAGACUUCGUGCUGGUUCCCAACCUGCUGCUGGGAGGCAAUAACCGUGGCCAGUCGUUAACGCAGAUAAGACGGGAGCUGCGUGUGGUGGGAGCUUGAAUUUUUUUUUAUUUUUUUUGUUUUUUUUCUUGAACUGUUCCCUCUUCAAAAGGAAGCCGAUAAAUCACCAGCCCAACAGACGUUACUGGAAGGUUGUGCCGCUGCUGAGAACGGUUGAUCCAGCUUUUUGAAGAUGCUUCCAAAAACGGGGGCUUAUGUAUUUAUCUUGGAAGUUUUUUGGGUUUGUUUUGUUUUGGUUUUUUUUGCUUUUCUAUGUCAACUUGGCAAACCGAACUGCCUGGUUUUGUGUUUUCUUGUUUUGUUCUGAUACCUUUUGGGUUGGGAGCCAGAGUGUAAUGAUACAGACCCAAAUUUCACCCCGUAUCCCCCUUCCCCUGCCCCGGUGCCCUGGUUACUCGGUGACCUUUGAGGCUUUGAUGACUUCUGCAGCUUGGUGUGAUCAAGCGUCUCUUACUCCAUUGCUUUACGCGAGGAGAGUUCAAGGCUUGGAUGUUCCUUCUGCUUCCCUCGGUCCGUGGAUGGAGCUGGCCCUCUUCUCCCCCUUUCCCUGCCCCAUAGCUCCCUUCCAGAUGCAGAAAUAGGGGCCAGGUUGGCUCCAGGAAAGCGCUUACUCAGGCAGCGACCCAAGUCAGGGAGUGGUUUUUUUGGGGGCUCUCCAGGGACGUUUCUCACUGCUGAUCGAAAACCAGCAGAAUAAAAGGGCUACGGAAGUUCCCUGUAACAGGGACGUGCUUCUCAGAAACGGCACGGAGACCACAGACCCUUCCAGCUCCCCAGGCUCGGGCUUUUGGGGUUUGGGGGGGGGUGGAUAAAAAGCACUUGGCCAGUGCGGAGGGGAAGGCACGGCUCAGCUCCUCGCCAGCCGGGCACCCAGCUCCAUUCCGGCUGGGAAGAAAGAGCUCAGGGUUUGGAGACCCUUGGGGCGGAGGAGUAGGAGAUAAAAACCUUUGGAGCAGCGCUAAAGGUAGGUAGCGAAGAGGAGAAAUUGUCUUUUUUGAUGCAGGGCCGGCUGCUCCGUCAGGGUUUUUAUUAAGCUUUUAACUUGUGAUUUAUUUUUUUCUCCUUUUUUUUUUCUUUUUUUUUUUUUUGUUACUAAAGAUGACUUUAUUCAAAGGCACUUUUUUUUGAUGAUGUUGGCUUCCGGCAUGGAAGGAGCACACUGCAGCAUCAGACACUCUGCCAUGUGGGGUUUUUUUUUUUGUUCUUUUUUUUUUUUUUUAAUUUUUUUUUUUGUAGGAGACUUCUGAUGUGAAAAAAAGAAAAAAAAAAAAAAAAAAAAGUUGUUACACUUUGCCAGAGUGUGACAGCAGGAAAAUACUCACCUAAUUUUAUACUUCACACGUUUUUAGAAAAUGAGGUGCGUUGACGGGAUAUUUUUUUUUUUUUUAAAAAUGGGGGCUCUGCUUUUUCGCUUCCCUCAAGAUACAGAAAUAAAUAGAGGGAGAAAGGCCCUGUAUAUACUCUUACGUUUUGGGGUUUUUUUUUUUUAAUUGUGAUAAAUUGAUCAUGCAGUUGAGUAGCCGAUGAUUUGUAGUAAUAACAUUGUUCCUUUGUAUGUUUGUAAUAAUGGAGAUUUUAAAAGGGAUGCUUUGAUUUGUACAAAACUCUUGACAACUGUAAAAGUGUUUUAAAAAAAAAAAAAAAAAGAAUCCUCA